AGGAGAGCAAGUCAGCAUGUGCGAUGGACCGUUGCCCCGGCCUGCUCAUUCGACCCACACACAAGUCGCGCGCCGGGCAUUCGUUCACGCCUUCCCCCGCCAUGCCCAGCCGGCCAACGUAGUACAGCUCUACUAUACUGGGGACUCGACAUCACUCCGAAUCGCGUAUACAGCAGGGUCAUCGUCGUCUAUGCUGCCGUAUUCUUGAUCAAAGUCAAAGUCUCCAAGUCACGCUUAGUUUCUGACGAUCUACACCGAGCGGUCGUCCAGACCAUCACAGAUUGUCAAAAUGCGACCACCGAUGCGCGGCAUGCUGCCGGCACUGCCCAUAUCAUGUUGCGCGUCUUGUUGGCAUCCUGGCGAGCCAUGGAGACA